AAAACUCACGCUUCCGCAUAUCCCGUCUCUAGGAAAGUUUUUUUCCCUUUGUAACUCUCUCUCUCCGUCGCAGAGGUGCGGAAAGCAUACGCAGUGUUGUGCCUUUCCCUUUUCCACUGAGGUUCGGCAAAAACCCUAAUUCUCAAUACAGCUAUAUAAAGAAUUGGAAGAAAGGAACCUCGGUCUACAAAUGUUCUUUCUCUAUGAUCUUGAGGGUGUGUUCUCUGCUAACGUUAGAGAAAACCAUAGAAUCUCAUUUAUUGCUAAAACUGGAUCUUGGGUUCUUUCCAUUGGAGCAAUGGGGGAGUUUUUAGGUUAUGUUGGAACCAAGCAAUUGAUUCAGAUGCUUGUAGCUGUCUGCUUCUUCCACAGUUCUGAAUUCUUGUUGGCCAUCUUCAUUCAUGGAUUUCAUAAUGUAUCAGUAAGCUCUCUGCUUAUUAGCAAGCAAUAUCUUAUAGCAAUGGCAUGCGCAUUACUGGAAUAUGUGGUGGAACUCAUUCUAGUUCCAGGAUUAAAGGAACAAUGGUGGAUUAGCAACAUUGGCCUUGCAAUGAUUGUUGUAGGAGAGAUCAUACGUAAAUGUGGGAUUCUUACAGCUCGUCAGGCCUUCACCCACAAUAUCAGAGUUUACCAUGAAGAUCAGCAUGAGUUGGUAUCUCAUGGGAUCUACAGUGUCAUCCGACACCCAGGAUACUCCGGCUUUUUCAUCUGGGCCAUGGGUACGCAGAUAAUGCUAUGCAAUCCCAUUUGUAUGGUGGCUUAUACAGUUGUUACUUGGAACUUCUUCGCAAAGCGAAUCCCAUAUGAAGAGUUCUUUUUAAGGGAAUUCUUCGGCCAUCAUUAUGAGGAAUAUGCACAAAGGGUUUGUUCCGGUUUGCCAUUCAUCAAGUGAGCUUAUUAAAAUCCUUCUCAUAAAGCUUGCGCCUACCAUGGUCCAAUGUGGCAUGUUCAAGUCUUUAUUGGGUCAGGUUAUUUUUUCCCAAUUUUGUUGAAGUUCAUGCCUAUUGCAACUAAGCAUUUUAAGGUCAUGGUGACUUGUUGGUGAGAGAUUUAUUGGCAACGAAGCUGGUAGCCUUUCAAUGAUGAGAAAGUGGGCAGGCAGGCCCAAGUGAUGAGGAAAUAUGCUAUUGGACCCUAUGUCACACACUCUAAAUGUUGCAAUAACUGAGGAUGAGAGGGAGAGAAUGAGCCUGUGUGAGCUGGUUUAAAUGAGAAACAUACUUGGGCAUUUGGUGCUUGUUUAAGGCAAAUUUAUCAAAGCACAUAAAGAACAAGUUUGACACAUCACCUAUUCUUUUAUGUAAUUUCAAAAAGCCCAUCUCAGGCUACAUAUUCAUGACUUCGAUUCAUGAGC